ACCGAAGUCAUUUCUUGCACAGAAAACAUAAAAUAUGGGGCAAAGACGAGCGUAUCAACAACAUUAUGCUUCCUGAAAUACCCUACCGAUCAGUGAAAGUAUUGCGUGGCUGAAAGAGGCAGGGUUUGCAGAAAACUGACACGUGGAUUAGGCUUCCUCGGCAUCAGGAAAAUACAGCCUCUCUUUUAGCCCGCUCCGGUACCAUCGCCUGCUCUUACAUUAGUACAAAGACCCUUUUUAACUCACAAUCUAGGUCGCCUUUUUGCGGAUACUAUGUAAAAGCGUACUGGAGAGUUGGACUGUUCCCCUUUGGCGUGCGAAAUUAACGAGUAAAUAGCCCGAGGAAGGAAAGAGAAGGAGGCUGCCAUAACCUUCCGUUGAAUGGCAGUAAUUCAAAAAUAUGGCAAGAACCACAAUCCAGAUUUGGUCUGCUACAAGGAAAACCAUCAGCCCAACAAGCACGGUGGAGCUCCCGCAGUGUCUCACAAGAAAUGGACCGAGCAGAGUGCAUACUGGUCCAGGCCCAUGGCAAGGUUAUGGACGGUGGUGUUGUUCUUUGGUACAUGCCUGCUGUACUGUGCCCGGAUGACUAUGCCCAUCUGUGCGGUCAGCAUGGCGGACCAAUUCGACUGGAGCCACAAGGAGUCUGGCAUGGUCCUGGGCAGUUUCUUCUGGGGCUACUGCUUCACCCAGAUCUUUGGAGGCUAUGUCAGUGACCGAGUUGGAGGGGAGAAGGUCAUGUUGUUGUCAGCUGCAGCCUGGGGCUCUAUGACAGCAUUUACUCCAGUUCUGGCCCACUUCUGCUCUCAGCCAAUUCUGUCAAUGACUCUUGCCAGAUUCCUGAUGGGACUACUACAAGGUGUACAUUAUCCAUCAUUGGCCAGUCUAUGUUCUCAAAAGGUGGUGGAAAGUGAACGAGGUUUCCUUAUGAGCACUGUUGGUAGUGGCUCUUACCUGGGCACGUUGGUGAUUGGUGGAGCUGGCUCCUUCAUGUUGGACCUGUACGGCUGGGAAAGUGUUUUUUAUGUGUCUGGGCUGCUCACCGUGCUCUGGGCUUACUGUAUGUGGAAGUAUCUCCUCAGAGGAGAAGGUCCUGUUAUUAGCCUUGAAUCCUUAGGAAGCAGCAAGACCCAAACCAAACUCACUAAAAGACACUGGCUGCGGCUUUUCAAACAGCCAGCUGUCUGUGCUGUAAUUACCGCACAUCUUUGCACAGCGAGCACCUUCUUCACUCUUUCGUCCUGGCUGCCGACCUACUUUAGAGACACCUUCCCAGAUGCCAAAGGCUGGGUGUUCAAUGUGAUUCCCUGGGUGGUGGCAAUUCCUUCAUCUGUUUUAAGCGGGUGCCUCUCUGAUCACCUCAUCGGUCAAGGUUUUGAUACAGCUUCUGUCAGGAAGUUUAUGCAGUUCAUUUCCAUGGGCCUGUCUAGUGUGUUUACCCUGUGCCUCUGUGGUAAAACAACAUUUCCCUGGGCUGUAGCACUUGUGUCAAUAACCAUGGGCCUCCACACCUUCAAUUACAGUGGUGUAUCAGUAAAUGUCCAAGAUCUCGCUCCUUCCUGUGCUGGGUCAUUAUUUGGUGUUAUGAAUACAUGUGGUGCUUUCUCAGGGGUCCUGUUGGUGUAUUUCUCAGGGUAUCUGAUUGAGACCACCGGUUCGUGGGCGUCUGUUUUUGCACUGAUCACCACGUUGAACCUGCUGGGGCUUGGCAUCUUUCUAGCCUUUGGAGAUGCAAAACGAGUGGACAUUGACUCGAAGAGUUGUUCAUGUGGCACCCAUGCCAAGGGGGGCACUGGUCCUGCCUCAUUUAUGCCAUGUGGGACUAGCACAGAGAGCACAAUUUGUAAUUCUUUGGGAUUUGUAAUGUACUAUGCUUAUGCCUAAAGACAGAAACUUCUCUAAAAUUGAUUACUUAAUAGAGUUGUGCUUAUGUUACAGAAUGUGUUGAUAUGUUUAUUGAAUGCGUAUGGAAUUCAUAACCAAAGGCUCAUAUCCAGAGCAUGUAUUGAGUGAUACCACAGACAUGUGACACUUGAUUCUUAAGGGGCAGCACUUUUUCUUUGUUCAACAUUUGUCUCUUACAUAAUGGUUGAGCCUUCUUUCUUAUUGGCAUCUCAUUAUCUGGUGACUAAGGAUGUAUGUUAAUGUCCUAUACCUUUUUAUAGUCUUCAUUCUUUUCUUUAUUAUCAAAUGUGGUUACUGAAAGUAUGUUAAGAAUGUUUACCCAGUUGAAAGACCAAAGUUAAUAUUUAAUUCUUUACGGUCGUAUUUUGUAAAAAAAUACCUCAAUUCAUUAUUGUAAUUUAUAUUUAUAAAUGGUGAAUUUUAAUAUAUGUAUAGAAUAUAUAUAUUUUGAGGGGCAAACAAAGGCCUUUUUGGAUUAGAUAUAAAAAUAGGUUUAUGAAACACACACAUAUUGAAUGACUAGGAUGGCAUCAUAUUUAAAUAUGAAUUUAAAUCAAGGGUUGGUUUCUGAAUUAAUCUUAAAUUUUCACCCUCAGGAUUUGAAUGGUAAAAGACAAAGGCAAAAUAACUCCAGUAACAGUGGACUCAUACCAGUUUGUUGUUUUAUGUUAUAUUCACUAUUGAACAUUUGGUACCUGAUUUUAUUGUUACUGUUGCUACAUCAAAAAGAUAAAAGCCCAACAUUUUUAUCUUGCCACUAAAUACAAAUUUUGUUGCGGGCGCAAUCUCCUUGUUUAGGUUACUGAGUUUUUAUGUCUUGUCAUUUUGUUUUAGUUACUGUAGUUUCAGUGUGUUGUGUUACACAAUGGCCUGAAGAAUGUUACUGAUCUGAGAGCAUGUCUUUAAAGCCUUUAAGGUCUGAGGCUUUUCAUGUUGCAAUAUGAAUAUGACAUUCUGAAAUCAAUUCAAAUAUUAUGUUGUAGCAAAAAUGUAAACAAGUGAUUAUUCAUUCAUUCUUUGUAGAAAGUUUUAAUUUAUGUUUUUAUGCUUUUUCCUACUAAUUUAGUCUUUUCCUUUCAGACAUUGGAGUUGUUCUCCAAAUAUUUAUAAAGGGUUACACCAGAUGCCUCCUCAUCACUUUUUUGUCUAGUCUUUGGAAGAUGUGGGAGAGUUUGAGAGCUUGUCUCUAGUUUUUAAGCUUGAUGAUCCAAAAAAACAGUGAUCAGGAACUGCACUAACCAUAUGCUUCAUUACAUUGAUCAAAUCAGUUAAUGUUAAGGCAGUGGGUAGUUAUUAUGCAAUGCAAUUUAGUCAUUUGAGCUUUUACAAAGCCAGCUCUGUAUCUGUGAUGUUGGACUUAAAGGGUACAUUCAUGACACUUUAUUGGUCCCAUUCACAUGUAUAGUCAAGAGUCCCAAAAUGUAUGUUUUCUAAAAGUGUUUUACAAAUAAUUUUGAUAAUAUGUAUAUUAAUCCUUACAUAUUACUUAAGUGCAAGCAAUUACAGUAUUGUAAUGAUUUGAUAAUGUAUGGAAAGAAAAUUAAGAUGGAAUAAAUAUAUUUUGGUCAAUUG